AUCUAUUACUCCGUACUCCGUGCUGGAUGAUUAAUAAGUAACCCCGGCUUCGGUUUCGGAAUUGCUAGCCGCGGACUCCGAUUGGGGUGCCAGCUAAGGGCUGACACCGAUCCCUCAAUCCUUAUCAGCAGCGCUCCAUCGCAAUGUCUUCUCUGCCUCAUUCCCAACUGGUCUGCAGUUGUACAACGGCACCAUGACUUUCUCCGACUCCAAGGGAGGCGCAUGGGGCCAGCAAUGGCGGUCAUCGCCCCUUUUCAUUGUCAGCGCCAUGGCCAUGGCCUUGUUCACUGACACCUUUCUCUACGCCUUCCUCGUCCCCAUCCUCCCCUAUGUUCUCGAAAACCGCCUCGGAUUAGACGUAUCCCUCACCCAGCGCGUGAGUUUCGCUUUGCUGUCAGAAACGGCCAUCGCUGCUCUCGUUACGAGCCCUUUCAUUGGCCACUAUGCCGAUCGCAUGUCCUCCAAGCGAAUCUUGCUCGUUGGAUCGCUGUUAGCUGCGUUGUUUGGGUCCAUAGUUCUGGCCUUGGCGACAUCAACAUUUACGCUCUUCGCGGGACGUCUCAUUCAGGCAAUUGCCAGCUCCUUCAUCUGGGUGGUCGGAUACGCCACGAUCGCGGACAAUGUGCAACCGGAAAAUCUGGGCAAGACAUACGGGGUUAUUUCUCUGGUCGUAGCAGCAGGCACGUCAGGAGGUCCGAUGGUUGCGGGCAUCCUUUUCGAACUGGGUGGAUACUGGGUAGCGUGGUCUAGUGCCUUUAUUAUCCUUAUCCUCGACAUCAUUCUUCGUCUGCUCAUGCUAGAAAAGCCGGACGUCCAAGGCGACGCGGACUAUUCUAGCAAUGCGAGUGUUGCAUCGGAUCCGGAACGCGCUCCUCUCCUGAGCAGUAAUCCUGGCUUAGAGGCCGACAUGGCGGGCUGGAAAUUCUAUGUAUAUAUCUUGCGGUAUCCCCGCUUCGUCUGCGGCGUGCUCAGCUAUCUUUCCUUUGCUGUUCUGGUCUCCAGCUUCGACACCACCCUUCCCCUUCAUGUUCGCGAUGUCUUCAGCUGGGGUAGUUUUCCUGCUGGUAUGAUGUUCUUCGCUCUCCAAGGUCCCGGGAUCCUUCUUAGCCCCCUCUGUGGUUGGCUGAAAGAUCGGGUCGGAACCCGAUGGCCUACCACGGUCGGCUUUUUGCUUCUCGCGCCCGUGAUGUGGGUAAUCGGCAUGCCUGGUGACGAGCGAUUCCCAUGGGCCAAUGAGGGUGAUCGCGGGAAGAUUAUCUAUGCUGUCGGUGUUACUGUGGUGGGAUCAGUGUCCUGUCUGCUGAACGGGGCCGGAACCAUCGAGGCUACGGUGACAAUUGACGAGGUCGAAGCCAAGCACCCCGGCAUCUUUGGCCCCAACGGAGGCUACUCCCGUGCUCUGUCAGUAGCCAGUAUGGGAUGGACGCUCGGAGCAUUCAUCGGGCCCAUCAUCUCCGGCUACAUCGCCGAACAAGUCGGAUACUACGAGAUGAGCUGCGUUAUCGCAAUUGUGUGUCUUCUCUCUGGCGUCAACACCUUCUUCAACCUAGACUCGAAAGUCCAUUUCGAUCGUGUGGCGGAAUCCACCUAGACUAGACUUAGUCUCCGACGCGACCGUCGCGCAGACUCGUAUAUACCCGGCCGAGAUAACCUCCCCGGUUGGCCUACAUAAAACGGUCUAUUGACGAUACAUCCAAAAGUGUUUCUCCUUGCAUAUACGAAAAGUUCAUGCAUCUUGCAUUUAGCGUUUCAGAGAGAUAUGAUAGCAUAAGAGAGAUCCAGAUUUAGAGUUAGUACAUUACAUGUGAAGCCGCGCAUCUGUGCGUCAAUAUUGUACCAUUCAUUCAUUAU